CCGGCGCGGCGCGUGGUUUCCGGAAGCUUGAGGGGCUUGGUCGGCGUCUCCGUGACUUCCUGCUCGCGAUCCGGGCGGGGCCGCCGCCGCCGCCGCCGCCGCCGCCGCCCUAGACCGGCCUCCCGCCGCCCUCCGCGCCGCCCCCGGAACGCGGGCAAAAUGCCGAAAAAGAAGACCGGCGCCAGGAAGAAGGCGGAGAACCGCCGGGAACGCGAGAAGCAGCUGAGGGCUUCCAGAGGCACCAUUGACUUAGCCAAGCACCCCUGCAACGCCUCCAUGGAAUGUGACAAGUGUCAGAGGCGACAGAAGAAUCGAGCGUUUUGCUAUUUUUGUAACUCUGUACAGAAGUUGCCGAUUUGUGCCCAGUGUGGGAAAACAAAGUGCAUGAUGAAGUCCUCAGACUGUGUCAUAAAGCACGCUGGCGUCUACAGCACUGGCCUGGCCAUGGUGGGCGCCAUCUGUGACUUCUGCGAAGCGUGGGUCUGCCACGGCCGGAAGUGUCUCAGCACACACGCGUGCUCCUGCCCGCUGACGGAUGCUGAGUGUGUGGAGUGUGAGCGAGGCGUCUGGGACCAUGGAGGCCGAAUAUUCAGUUGCUCUUUUUGUCACAACUUUCUCUGUGAGGACGAUCAGUUUGAACAUCAAGCCAGCUGCCAGGUUUUGGAGGCAGAAACAUUCAAAUGUGUGUCCUGCAACCGGCUGGGCCAGCAUUCCUGUCUGCGGUGUAAGGCGUGCUUCUGUGAUGAGCACACGAGGAGCAAAGUGUUCAAGCAGGAGAAGGGAAAGCAGCCCCCCUGCCCCAAGUGUGGGCACGAGACCCAGGAGACGAAGGACCUGAGCAUGUCGACACGCUCCCUGAAAUUUGGCAGGCAGACCGGAGGGGAAGAGGGUGACGGUGCUUCUGGGUACGACGCCUAUUGGAAGAACCUUUCUUCUGAUAAGUAUGGUGAUGCCAGCUACCAGGAGGAGGAGGAGGAGGAGGAUGACGAAGAGGAAGAGGAGGAGGAAGAGGAAGAGGGAAAAGACUCUGAUGCUGAAUCAGCAGAUUUGUUCUCUAACUUGAACUUGGGAAGGACCUACGCCAGCGGCUACGCUCAUUAUGAGGAGCAGGAGAACUAGUGCUGCUGGGCUGGCCGUGGGUCUCCGGGGUACAUCCCCUGGCCUUGUGCAGAGGCCUCUCACAGACAUGGAGUAGGGCAGAGCAGUUUUGUAGGAACUGGUGGCCAAGCCUCAUGCAUAAUAAGAAAAAUGAAUUUCAAAUGUGAUGUGUUUAUUCAUCCCACAAAUGAAAGCUUCAUGGGUUGGAUGAUAAGUAGGCUGGGCCAGCGGGCUACAUACACAGGACAAAAAAUAGGAUGGUAAUAUAUUUGAAAUUGAACUGCUGUUCUUGAUUAAAAAAAGAACACUGCCUAUGAAUUUGUUCUGUCUGGUUUUGUGAAGUAUGGCUCAAAUAGAUUGUAAUAUAUAUAUUAUAUAGCCACAGGAUACAAGUCAGACAGUGUUAUAUUUAACAUUUUAGGGACACUUGAUCAGAAAUAGUGUUAUACAGAUGCUUUGCCCAAGAAAUUUCACUUUAUUUUGAAUAAAUCUAGUAUUUCAUUUA